AAAAAUCAUUUAAAAUCAAAAAUAUACGCUAAAUUGAGACAUCGAACAGCUGUGUUUCGUUUUCUGAUGAACUUUAAUCAGCAUUCAAAAUAAUAUUUGUGUAUUGUUUGUUUAAUAAACAAAACGCAGCCGCUGAAAAAAAAUAUGUCGCAUGAUGAUUUUCGUAGAGUCUUAGAAGACUGUGUGAAUAACAGAAUUAUUAAUUAUCAAAUCGUUGUUCAAGAAUAUGCUGUGUAUAAAUAUAUAUGUGUGUGUUGACUGCAAACGAAGCCUUAGUCGAAAAAGGUUUAGGUUUCGAAGCAUUUGAAAUUAUGAGUCAACUGAAAAAUUCCAUCCAAGUUCAAGCUGAUGAUAAAUAUCGUACAUACGAAUUUCGAGACGAAAACCGAAAAAUCAAGAACAGUUUACCAUUUACUCUGACUUCAAAGGGCAAGAAAGGUGGUGUAGUCGAAACCGUCAUCGAUCAAAAAUACAUUGACCAGCUAGUUGAAAAGUUUCAUGAAAAUACUCUUGCAUAUUUGACCAAGUGGUUGGAAUGGCUUUCUCCAAUUGAGAAAUGGGGAUGGGUCGCUAUGAAGUCGAUGCCAAAGUGGGACGAAGUUGAAGAAUGCGUGGACGAUCUCAUCGCGAAGAAAUUUAUCGAUGCGUUAAAGGAAAAGGAAAUCCACGCAGAAUAUGCUCACUUGAAACCAUUUAUUGAAUUUUCAAUUUCAAAAUGGAAAGAAGAAAAUGUAUCCGCUCAACAGCGUUGGCUUGAUGUUUUCGCGUUCUUGCGAACAAAAGAACUUCCAUUCAACAACUUUGCCAUUCUGAUUGAAUAUGCGUUCACUAUGUGA